CUUCCGUGUGUCUGCCUUUGGGUGGGUCAUGUUUGUGGCCAUCUUGUACUGGGUCCUGACGGUCAUCUUCCUCAUCAUCUACCUGACCAUGGCUUACAACAGGAUCCCUCAGGUCCCCUGGACAACUGUGGGCCUGUUCUUCAACAGUAGUGCUACAGUGAUGUAUGUGGUGGCAGCAGCAGUGGACGCAGCCUCAAUCAGCCAUGCUGUUAAGGGGCGCCAUAACUACACCUGCUGGGUCGCAUCCACAUUCUUUGCCUUCCUGGUCACUCUCUAAUAUGCAGGAAGUACAUAUUUAAGUUUUAAAUCGUGGAGAUCAAGGGAUGAGGACCAAUAACCAAUCAUAAAGGACAGCUAAAGUAUAUCCAUUAUGGAACACAUGAAGAAUGCAACAACCACUCCUUCCCUUUGGAAUGCAUUUCUCUAUUAUUUAAUCUGUUAUAUUUCUGUUAUUUUGGAGUUAUGGUGUGUUUCAUCUGUUGGAAUGACAGAGCCUUAACCUCAGUGGUGUUUUUACUUCUUAUGCACUCAUGAGUUUUAAAAAAAAUUACAUUUGGAUGAAAAUGACUGAAGCUAAUAAAGUGGCUAUUCUAUUGUUCUGAAGCUGGAGAUCAAAGCUUUAACUCCAAUAUUAAAAUGGUUUGGACAGUAAUGUUGUCCCACACUAGAUGGUGCUACAAUACAAGGCUAGGAAACAGGGAGUAUGAAGAACAUUACAGUCAAUUCUCUUUUUGAUUAUUAUUAUGUGACCAGUUUCAGGAAACUAGGCGUACUUCACAGGAGUACCGUUUCAAUUAGACAUUUCUUUUUUU